AUGUCCAUUAGCACAGCUGUGUUCGUUUUCGGGCUCUUGGCGUCGGGCCAGGCCUGGCUUUUUGGGGGAGGUCCAGCAUGGGACGACCUGAAAGUCACGUUUGGGAUCAAUCCUUUCGGGAACUCGUUUUCCUCGAUGCCAAGAACAGUUAAAGACGCUGUGUACUAUGGAUGGAAACUGGAUACUAGAUGCGGCAGCAACAGCCAGUUCAUGGGCAACCGUUACAUCAAGGACGGCGAUACAGCGGUGAUGUUGUUGUUUGAUAAGAACGGCUACAUUGCGGGUAUACAGGCUGGGAUUCCUAAGAAGGCUGGCACCUUUCCAUCAAGUAUGAGUGAGGACGUCAGAAAAUACUUCAUUGAAGAGAGCGACAAAUUCACCAUCACUGCCUACUUUACCGACCCAGGCAACAGCCAGUUCAUGGGCAACCGUUACAUCAAGGACGGCGAUACAGCGGUUAUGUUGCUGUUUGAUAAGAACGGCUACAUUGCGGGUAUACAGGCUGGGAUUCCUAAGAACGCUGGCACCUUUCCAUCAAGUAUGAGUGCGGACGUCAGAAAAUACUUCAUUGAAGAGAGCGACAAAUUCACCAUCACUGCCUACUUUACCGACCCAGCCACCAUCUGUAGCGCCGGACGCACUGCUGACCAGUACUCUGCUGACGGCACCGGUACUGCCCUCUAUAUUCAGAAAGGCACCAAUCCUGCCACUGAUUCCAUCGCCAUGCCAAUGUCCCAGGAUGACGUCAAGAACACAAUGUGGACAGAGGGGCAUUGCUUCUACGGCAUGGGCAAGCACUAUUGGUACAAUGUCCGUAAAGACAUGUCCUGCAACGAGUUUGUCCCAGUAUUCCUCUUGUACAAUGGAGGUAGAUUGAACGCGUUCGGCUGGGCGUUCAUUGGAGACUUUAAGUCACCCAGAUACGAACAUCCUGGACAGUCCAGCUUUAAGUGGUUUUUGGAUCCCGUCCCGACAUGUGUCACCAGCGUGGGUACAUUGUCCACCAUGCACAUCUACAUGUACAGCACGGCCAGAGUCAACACGUGCUAGGCAGCCGUCAUAAGUACCCCAGUUAUGCAAUGGGGCACCGAAAUUAAUGCGCACAUUAUUAUUUAUUUAUUUAUUUAUUUAUUUUUUGGGUUUCGUGAUUCUUGGUAUGAAGUUACAAAUAGCUGAAGUGAAAAAUAAAAAAUAGAAUCUGUACUUUUAAUUUUGAUGUUAUAUAUAUGAACAUGUAGAUAAUAUUCUGAUACGUGACAAUAAACCAGAAAUUAACUAAUCAGUAUUGACAGCUAAGAUCACGAUAAAGACACGUGAUGGUAAUCACUAGAUCAAGGGCUUUAAAUGGAUGCUUACGGUACAGAUACUCACAGUGUGUAUAGAAUAGUGUCUCCUUGAACUUAGUAUCCCACCUGGAUUCUAUUAUCCUGAGUUUUAUUGAUAUUAAGGACUGCUGCAAUUGUUUUUUUGUUAUCGAGUGUCAAAUGUCAUUCAAGAUAAAACUUCAAGUUCUGCACCAAAAACACUUCACGUUUGAAGCAGGCGAUUAAUU